UCAACCAUCAAAAUUAUUUUCUUGUUUUUGUUUAUUGAGAAGUUUUUCUCUUGAUAAAAUCUUGAAAUGAAGCCAAAAAGAGUCUUCAUGGAUAUCGACUUAUAUAUUCAUUUUCAUAAACUAUAGUUUACAACAUGAAACCAACAACAAAAUGGAUAUACUUAAAAUCUUGUACAAAUUUGUGGUUAUAAGUAUAUUUUUUUCAAUUCCAUGUACUACUUCUGAUUUAGAUAUUAAAGAAGUCGCAAGAAGUAUCACUUUGGAAUUGUCUUCGCUAAAAGAUGAUGAGUUGGGAGUGCCUUUCAUUUUGGACUUGUACAAAAAUUACAUGAUGCAACCAAUGCCUUUAGAUUUUGCCAAUGUAGUCAACACUAUUGCUCAAAGGUUAGAAAAGAAAAUAGAAAAUAUAUUUUCCUUAUUAGAAAAUUCAAAGAUAAUGAUGGAUGUUCAACUUACUACUCAGAAUAUCACAAAUAUGUUUUCGACAGUAACCCCAUGCUUCCGAAAGAGUUUCGAAGGGAAUAAAAAUGGCAGUCAUGAUGAAGUUGACAAAAUUUCUGAUCUUACAUCUACUUCUGUUUUAGAACAAAUGGGGCAAAAACUAUCAGUUGCUCAGGAUGUGAAAAGACAGUAUUUUAUAUCUGACUUGGAAGUGAAAAAAUUAGGACAUACUCCUUUCCUUUAUUGCAAUGGUUGUGACGAAACAAUUGUUUGGGACAACUAUAUACAGAGAAACAUUUAUCAGAGAAGAAAUGUUGUACUAGUGUUAGAUAUAGGAGGAUCUGUCAAACCAUCUCUUUUCCAGAUCCUCAGAUCUCUUGCCAAGAAGAUUAUAUCAGUAUUAACCAGUGAUGACCGAAUUGCAUUUAUGACAAUAAGUUCAAAUUAUUCAUUUAUUGACAAUGAUUGUGGUAGAAUGAAGGAUCAAGAUAUUACGAGUACCAUUCCAAGACUGAUGGCAGCAAACUCCUCUUACUUGAAAAUUUUGAAUAACUAUAUUGAUGCUAUCGUUAGUGAAUCUGAUUUUACAAUUUCAUUUACGAAAGGUUGGAAAACAAAUGAUUACUUUUUCAUGCUUGGAACAGAUAUUCGAUUUUCACAUUUAGCGGAGGAUUUGAUGAAUUAUAGUGGCAAUCAGGACUAUUCCUAUGUAUUCAUGAUUGCUAAAGAUGGUUCGAUAGUCUUCCACCCCUAUUAUUCCCAAUCAAUUGACAAUGCUCAAUUUGCAUUACCUGUAAAUUUGGAAAGUCUUGAAAAAACAGAAGACGUAACAUUGCUGAAGAGAAAACUUCUCACGGAGAAAAGUGGAAUGCAUGAGACUCGUAAGGAUAAUCAAACGGAUUUGGAAGGGGCCGUUCAAGUAUUACGUAAGCACUUCAGGGGGCGGGGGCUCAUUGCUUUGCUAGAUGAUGUUUCUUCACUGUACCUGAGUCCCUCCUGUUUUCAAUCACCGUACACAGCUCAACAUAAAAUGAACUCACAUAGUUUCAUACCCUAUUUGAAGGAUACCAGCAGAACUUCUGUUAAUCCAGGCCUAAAAGAAAACAUCAGAUCUGAUGUUUCGUUAGUAUAUCAAGUGCUGAAGCUCCUCAAAGAACGCCAUAUGUUAUCCCCCACAUCCAACUACAUAGUGCGAAGAUAUGCUUCAUCAAAUUCUGGUGUGUUUCAGAUGUUUCCAGGCAGUGUACUGAAACCCGGUUGGACACCUGUGAAAAACCCUUGGUACUACAAAGCCUGGCAACAUGAAGGAAAGGUUGUUCUGAUCCCACCACACUCAGACAGAGGAGGUGCAGGUCAUGUAGUAACAGUGGCUUAUGCCACAUCUCAGCUAGUUGUUGCUAUGGAUAUUACUUAUGGUUAUAUGUUAAAGCUCCUUGUGAAGCAUGUCCCUAGUUGCUUGAAAGAAAAUAUCACUUGCUUCAUUGUUGACGAUGAAGGCUAUGUUAUUUAUCACCCCGAUUUGAGAAACCAAGAUGGGGCAAAGCCUGUGGAGCAUCAACACAUUGUUCACAAGGAAUCCCUGGUCUCAAACGACAUAUUGAAUCACAAGUACUUUAUGAAAAAGCUUCUUUGUAAUAGUUAUGGAGACAACACCAUCCAGAGGUAUUACAAACUGAAUACUAGCUACACUGAUGUACUAGUCAAUUUCGUUCCAGGAGAACAUUGUGUAACAUAUCAAGUCACCAGCGUGCCAGACACAAACAUCUUUGUUGGUAUAGUUAAUACUUCCUGCAAUUUCGGGGCUACAUUUUGCCCUUGUAGUAUAGUUGAUCGUUUAUGCUUAAACUGUAACCGCAUGGAGCAGAAGGAGUGUGAGUGUCCCUGCGAAUGCCCCCUAGAUAGGGGCGAGUUUUGCGAUGCAAACCUUGCCAACUGGAACAGAACUAAUAAUCUACCUUGUAGGAGAUAUGAAGAGGAUUCAUUGGAUAGUAGUUUCAUUGUUAACACAAAAACUAUUCUAGAACCCUGUUUUCCAAUCAGAUGUUAUGCUCAAAAGUCUCACAUGGACUGUUUGGGACUUCUAGGAUGUGAAUGGUGCACAUACGAUGCAGAUAGGAAUUAUCUCAGAGAUCCAUUUUGUGCCGAACUCACCACCUGCUUGAAUGGGGUAUAUGAUGCUUCUGAAAUAUAUGUUAGGCGCAUCCCAAGCUCAGACUUUCCCUCGGUUGUACCAAUUCUGGGCUCCAUAGUUGCCAUCACAAUUGUUUUUGUUCUAUUGUUGAUCUGUUACCGUUCCUACACUCAUAGAGUAUCGGAGAGGUUUUACAUAUCGUCUACACAGGACCAGUUGAGAAUGAGUGACCUGAAUAUCACAGACAACUUUCAUGAUUUGGGUAAUCACAGAGACAAGCUUUUGCAGGAGGAACACCCUAAUGUGAUAUCCCCCUAUUGUGUAGCUAGCACUUAUAGGAGGCCUGUAGUACCAGCUGAUUCAGACCAUGGGUAUUCCACCAUGACUCCGCAUGAUGAGUCAGAACAUAUGUCCCUGGCUCCUGUUGAGAUCGAGUCUCUCGAAGAUGAAACAACAUCUGACAAUACAUCUGUGCACAUAAAUGCCUCGGUUAAGGAGGUUCCAGGAAUGUUUUCUCCUAUGUUUACUAGAAUUCCUCAGAAAAAUUGUAUAACUGUACCUGUAACAGUGCAUAGGCAUAUGGAGAAAACCUGACCAAGAAUAUUUCUUUAACAACUUGAUACUAUUAUUAACGCAAAUUUGUAUUUGCUGUGAGUUGAUAUGAUUCUCUCAAGAAAAAAUUGUUUUGAUGGUUUACAGAUGUGACUUGAAUUAUUGAAAUUUCAAAUGAAACAGGCAAAUUAUAGUGCUAUAGCCCUUAAAAAUUGCUCCAGAGCUGAAAAUCGAUUUAAUCCCUCUUGGGAGUCCUGAAUAAUGGAUAUAUGAGUUGGCUACGGUUUCUAGUUGUGUUUCAGAUUUGAGGACGUAAAACCCGCGAAUUUUUCGUACUUCUUUCAGUUUUUCGUGUAUAACCUGAAAAGUACACAUCCUACAGCAAAUGUCACACUUUUUGUAUUUGAGGAGCAUUAAAUUUCGCGUCGUAUAAUGUUCAUGACAUUGGAAUGGUCCAGGCGCAGUCGCCCGUCAAAGAUAGGUGAUUUUUACCAACUUCACUAAAAAAUUGACAACUCUCAAUUUCUAACACCUAUAGGUUGAAAAUGAGUGCUCCAAUUGAAAAAUAUCAUAGAAACAAAGUUUACGUAAAUUCAAUACUAAAUUGGAUGAUUUUUGAAAUUUGCUCACACCAGAUAUGAAUUUUAAACCAAAAAAGGUCGUAGCGCCAAGUUUCCGCCAAAGUAGUCCGUAGGAAACUCCGUCUGAAUUCAAAACUAUUUACUUAAUCAACUUAAUUUGAACUCAAAAUCAUUACGUCAAGAGCUGAUUACAUAGGUAACUAUAGUUCCCAAUCAUUCAUUAAUCAGGUACCAGAAGAUCUCAGCACAAUUGUACAGGGGAGAGAAAAUGAGAACGAUAGUUGAUCAUUUGAGCAAGGCAAUAAUUACUAAUUAAAAGAUUCAUUACAAUUAGGAGGGGUUUAAUCACGUGGGUUAUUAUAAUUGAGAUGGGGCAGAGGCGUAUUGCCCGUAAGGCAAACUAGAACCGUGUCUAGGGGCGCGUGCUAUCAUCCGAAGUCAGUAGUCAUUAAAAACUGUGUGCUAGAGGGGCGCCUGUGAGGUGCUUGCCUAGGGCGCUCUCCAUGUUUAAUCCACCUCUGAGAUGGAGUUAUUACAAUUUAGAGGGUAUUGUGACAGCCGUCAUUUCUUGCUUGCUUGCCACAUCCUGUAGGCAAUAAAUAGAUUUGUUUUAUUACUGAUUAUCAGAAAUUACUGUACUAUAAAUUAUGAAUCACAAUAAUUUCCAUCAAUUUCAUCUUUUUUCAGCUGGUCCGGCUUGUUCGUGGGAGACAAUUAACUGAUAGUUCAAGUUAGUAAAAAUCCCCUAUUAUUGACGGGUGGUUGCGGGUGAUCCGAUUUCGAUGCUUCAAAGGCCAUUUGACGCGAAAUUUAAUGCUCUUCAAAAAAACAAACAAUGGCAUUUUCUGUAGGAUGCGAACUUUUCGAGUUAUAUGAAACUAUAAAAAGUGCGAUAAUUUUGCGAUUUUCAGGCUUUCAAAUCUGAAGCACAACCUAAAAACUGUCGCAAACUCAUCUACCAGUUGUUCAGGACCUCCAAAGGGGAAUUAAAACGAUUUCCAGCUCUCGAGAAAAUUUUUAGGGGCUUAAGCUGUUUUUUGCACUAACUUUCCUGGGCUAAAUAUCCAUUCUAUCUAAAUAAGAGUUGAACAAUGUUCUAAUUCAGGGAUCUUCCAUUUGAUUGUUAUAUAAUGUUGUGUGAUAGAUCACAAUUUUUUGAGUUCAAUUUACAGCAAAAACAUUUAUGAACAUGUUUGUAAGUAAUACAUGGAGGUUAAUCCUUAUAAAGUAGAUAUUUAUUGCUUUGUAUGUAUGUAUGUAAAUUUGUAUAAUCUUCUAUUUGAUAAUGUACACACUACCAAAAUUGUAUUUUUGUAAAUAUUUUUGUAAUUGUGAAUAUAGUUGUUAUAAUUUU